AUGCGCGUGGCUCAUUGCAUUCUGAUACUGCUCUCAGUGACAAGGCAGCUGAGCUCUGCCAAAUACUCUUCUCACCUGAAUGAAGAGGUUUCGAACUCGGGGCAAAGCCAGACGACCCGAACGCUUUUCCAAGAUGAAGAAAAGAAAGGCUUCCUUUCAAUUCCUCAGGACGAUCCUGACCCGGCAAGCCGUGCUCGCCGCCUGAGCUACCGAGCUCCCUUCUGGGAGUUUGUGCCCUAUGCUUCCAUAGAUCCUGGCUUGGCCAACCUAACAAUGGCAGCUCCCGGAGGCACUUUGGGUGACGCCUCCCUCGCUUCACAAAGCGCUGCAAUCAUAGGCCAGCUGGAAGUCUCUGAGGAAGUCGGGAAAGAGGUUCUAGAAGGUCCCAUCAAUGCGACGUGCCUGGCCAUAAGCGCGUCGGGUGAGUGCCUGAAUACUCUCGAUAGCUAUUUGCCUCUCUACGAUUCCCUUGCCCCCCAAUAUCAGCCUGCGGCAUACAGGUUCUACGAUUCCGACUAUGCUUUCGCCCGGGAGCGCAUCACAUCCUCUCCUGCAUUUAUCACGCGCGUAAACAGCGUGGGUGACAUUCCUUUCACGCAAGCAGACGUAACGGGCUAUGACACCAUCACCGGUGGCGUAUCCUUAUCCAGUCUGGUCGCGCAAGGGCGUCUCUUCACCGUCGACUACUACCCGUUGUACCAAGCAGGGGUCCUCGAGGCCUCUCCUGAUGCCUUCUUGGAGGCCCCGACGGCCUUCUUCUUCGUGAACGGGCCCAUCCCGAAAAGGCGCAAGUGGGGCAAGCCUAGGAAGAAUGACCCGGCUCUGAUGCCGUUGGCGAUCAAGUACAACGUCCAGCAGACAUAUGUAGUGUCUCCGCAAGAUCCCCACCCCGAUUGGUUCCUGGCCAAGGCAGUGUUCAAUUGCCUCGAUCGGGAUGUAAACGCCAUUUAUCAUUUUGUCUUGCACACGGUCAUUGCCAACGUGGCGAUUGCGGCGCAGAAGACACUGGCCAGCGAGCACCCGCUUUAUCCGCCGAUUCAACACGCAGCCAACCUUAAUUUCGGAAUCAUUUUCUCGGGUGUACUAUUAUUGCUGGAGCCGUUUGGAGCCUUUGACACUUAUCUUUCUCUGAGUGGGGCCUCCAUCCAAAGCUUGUUGUUCCCCUAUCUCAUGGAGCGUUUUGACUGGCAAUCCACAAACAUCAAGGAUAAUCUUCAAGCACGCGGUGUCAUGGACAUCCCGGGCUUCUUGUAUCGCGAUGAUGGGGAGACCAUCUCUGAUGCUUUGCGCACCUACACCAGGAAGUACCUGGCGGGUUCGUACAGGAAGCGCGGGUCUGUGCAGGGUGAUCCGGAGCUGCAGAAUUUCCUCGGCGCUCUCACCAACUCGUCCGACACGAUCGCCUUCCUCAACGGGUUCCCUACUGGAGCACAAGUGAGGAAUCUGAAGGACGUGAGCGAGCUUCUUGCCCAGAUCUUGUGGAUCUCAGGGGUCGAGCAUCACGCUCUCAACUCCUUCCGCAUCUUGAACUUCGACUUGGUCUAUCCGUCUCAUCCGGGAAAGAUCCUGUCCCCUCUGCCCGCUAGCACGGGCACACUGACAGAUGAUCAGGUGCAGCAAAACUUCAUCUCGGGAUCCGGCUUGUAG